AUGCAGCUGCUCCUGCUUCUGUUGGCCUUCUUUCUGCUCCCCAGGACAAGAGCAGGGGAGAUCCUCGGGGGACAUGAGGCCAAACCCCACUCCCGCCCAUAUAUGGCCUUCCUUCUAAUCAAGAUUGAUACCAGUACCAAUAGGUGUGGUGGCUUGCUAAUACAUGAGAAGUUUGUCCUGACUGCUGCCCGCUGCUUAUACAACAGUAAUGUGUACUCAGAUCAUCUGAAAAUAAUUGUCCUUCUUGGGGCCCACAACAUUAAGAAACAGGAGAAGACCAUGCAAGUGAUACAUGUGAAAAGAUCCAUCCCACACCCACACUACAAUCCUACAGUAUACACCAAUGACAUCAUGUUGCUAGAGCUGAAGGAAGAGGCCAAGCUGACUGAAGAGGUGCAAAUUCUAGAACUGCCCAAGGAAGAAACCCGUGUGAUGCCAGGUUCUGUGUGUGAAGUAGCUGGAUGGGGACAGUUGUGCCCUGAUGGUAAAAGCUCAGACAUACUGCAGGAGGUGGAAAUAACAGUGCAGAAGGAUGAGAAGUGCAAGAAACACUUUAGCCAUUAUGACAGUGCCACUCAAAUCUGUGCUGGGGACCCAGAGUUUCUAAAAAAUGUUGGAAAGGGUGACACUGGAGGUCCCUUCAUGUGUAAUAAUGUGCUUCAAGCCAUUGCCUCCUAUGCUAAAACAAAUGGACAACCUCUAAGUGUCUACACAAAACUCUCACCUUAUCUAGACUGGAUAGAGAAAACCAUGAAGCAUCACUGA